UCUGUCUUCAUCUACCUACCUUUGCUUCCCGCUCAUUUAUUUUCCCUUCCCUUCCCUCUUAUUUCCUUUCCUUCCCUUUCCUUCCUUUCCUCCAGGCAACCUGUUAUUUCUCAGUAAACUGACGUCGUGUCUUGUAGUACGCAGCCGCCUGGCACGCCGGUGCGCCGCGGCGUGGAGACCCAACCAAAGCACAGCAGAAGCUGCGUUGCGUCGGAGAGAGGUGGAUCCUGACAACAGGCAGUGUAGAGCCGCUGCUCCACUGCAUCCUGACGUAAACACACUAUAGAGGGGAAAAAAAAAAUCCAGCACGAUGUAAACGUUAGAUUCCUCAAUGGGAACCGUCUCCCGCUGCGCUCGCCCACCGUGUUUACUACUACACAAUGCAGACGGUGAUGCGACGAGCAGUGGGUGUGCGCUCCUAAAGACCGCCGGUGGGUGAAGAGAGAAGAGAAGCUGCAUCCAACCAGCCUCUCAGCCACUAACAACAGAAAGCACACGCCGCGGAUGAUGUGUUUUUACUCCCUGCCUUUCUCCGUCCUCUCCCGGUUAAAGUCGACAGAAUCGACCGACAGGACACCGAGAGAUUAAAGACAUUUAUUUCCCCCCAGCAGCAGCACCAAGAGCCACAGAACCAAGAUGAAAUUUCCGACUGAGAAUCCAAGAAAACCAGGGACCAUGAACCCUCCACCAGUGGCAGUCCAGACCAACCUGGUCCCCCCAAAGAAGGUACAGCCAGGCAUGCUUCAGUCCAGUCUGGUGCACGCCAGCGUGGCCACCAUGCAGAACCCGAUGGGUUGUGCUCUGCCGCGGCUCUCAGUUUCCUCCCGCCCCGCCAGCAUGGUGGCCAGCAUGGAGGCGGUGGCUGACGGCUCAGCCCCCUUCACCAUGAUGAAGCUGAAGACGGUGCUGGCGGUGUUCGUGGUGGUGGUGGCCUACCUGGUGGCAGGUGGCCUGGUGUUCCAGGCGCUGGAGCAGCCCUUUGAAAACAACCAGAAGAUCACCAUCACAGCGGAGAAGGCAGCCUUCCUGCAGAAACACCCGUGUGUGUCCCCAGACGAACUGGAGGCUAUCAUCAAGCACUCUGUGGAAGCUGUGAAUGCCGGAGUGAAUCCCAUCGGUGACACCUCCUACAACUCCAGCCACUGGGAUCUGGGUAGUGCCUUCUUCUUUGCUGGAACGGUCAUCACAACCAUAGGUUAUGGCAACAUUGCCCCAAGCACUGAGGGAGGGAAGAUUUUCUGCAUUCUGUAUGCAAUAUUCGGCAUCCCGCUGUUUGGAUUCCUGCUGGCAGGCGUCGGGGACCAGCUAGGUACCAUAUUUGUCAAAAGCAUUGCCAAGGUGGAGAAGAUGUUCCGGAAUAAACACAACCAGAUCAGUCAGACUAAAAUCCGUGUGGCCUCCACCCUCCUCUUCAUCCUGGCUGGCUGCAUCUUGUUCGUUACCAUCCCAGCUGUGAUCUUCAAACACAUUGAGGGCUGGACUGCUCUGGAGUCGACGUAUUUUGUAGUCAUUACUCUGACAACGGUUGGAAUAGGUGACUAUGUGGCAGGGGGAGACCGGAGGAUUGAGUACCGCAAGUGGUACAGACCACUGGUGUGGUUCUGGAUCCUGGGUGGUCUAGCCUACUUUGCUGCUGUGCUCAACAUGAUUGGUGACUGGCUGAGGGUGCUGUCCAAAAAAACUAAAGAAGAGGUUGGAGAGAUCAAGGCUCACGCAGCGGAGUGGAAAGCAAACGUGCGAGCAGAGUUCCGGGAGACACGUAGGCGUAUGAGUGUUGAGGUCCAUGACAAGCUGCAGCGAGCUGCCACCAUCCGGAGCAUGGAGAGACGGCAACUGGGCCUGGACCAGCGUGCCGUGUCGCUGGACAUGCUUUCCCCAGAGCGCCGUGCCAUCUUCAACAGCCUGGACACUAACAGCUAUAAGACCUCCUCCCAGGAGAGCAUCGACACCAAACUGAACAACCUCAGAGUGCGGGGGGCCGAGCAGUGCGACCGGCGCUCUGACCACCAGACCACAUCUGAGGACAACAUUUUUAACCGCCUGGGUUCCGUCACCAAGCUGGCCAAGCGCAACAGGAAUCGGGACCUGAAGAAGAACAUCCCGGACGAGGCUCGCCGGCCUCACAGCGAGGCCUACGGCUACAGCACGCCUGCUUUCGACUGCAGCACACCCUCUGCAGAUGAAGGGAAAAGGAAGGACGAAGGAGAGGAUGAGAAUGAAGACAAGGAGUGCAACACUAGCUUGUCUGAUUUUCCACUGUUUGUGGAAGCUUGUAAGCCACAGAAUGGGUUUAUUCCAGAGCAGACCAAAGAAAACGAGAGUGAAAAAUCACUGGAAACAAAAGAGCUACAUAUUCAGAUGGGCCCGUAGACAGUGAAGAAGGUUUUAAAUACCACCUUUAGUGCCUUAGGUCUCCCUUAUCCCUGUGUGUGCUUAAGCAGGGACAAUACCUGUCCCUUUGUGCUAUAUAUUGUAAGUAUUCACUGUGCCCUAUGGAUCAGAUGGACACUUUUUGUGUUCUAUAAAUGCAAGACCCAGUAGGGUUUCUGCAACUGUGCUAUGCCAAAUGGUGGUCAUACUAAAAAAUGUUGUCAGCUAGUAGAUGUUUAAAGGAUGAUAACUUAGGUCUUAGUUCUGCAUCUGUGGCCAUUAUUUCUCUCAGUUAUACUAACACUGUACUCAUAGCCAACUUAGCUAAUAGGAGCUAAAGUUGCAGAGAUCCAGAUGCAUAAUCUUCACGAGGGUGUAUGCUAAAAUGAGUGUACAUCAACCAGCAACAAUGAACACAACUGCACCUGUCUUACAAGCAUUCACCAAAGUGUUGGAUCAGUUCCGCAUUGUCUGCAUAUCACACACAGAUAAAUACAGGUUUUGUUUGUUUCUUGCUAUUACCAAUUUACAUGUAUAUUAAAUGAUAAACCUACCAGCCAGGAAGCUGUUGUUAAUUUAAGCACUUACUGCUUUGUGUCCGGUGUGUAUUUUGUAUUUAACUGUACAUCCAGCAGCUACUGGUUAUCUCCUGUUAUCCCGUGGACCUGCACACCACUUGUUAAUAAGGUAAUACUGAACAUACAGGGAGAGAUAGUGUUCGAUAGUUUGUCCAAAACUUGAGCUGGUACUGUCAGGUUUUAGAAGUAAAUAGGAUCAAUGAGGCGAUUGGUCCUUUCCAGAUGGUUUCAUAUUUUUUAAAGUAGCAAAACUGAUCUGUUGUUGCUGAUGUGGCAGAAUACUCCUCUGACAGAAGACUUUGGCCUGGUGAGUUUUGUCUUGUCUUUACAAUGUCGGCAUGAUCCCAUAUUUUAGUAGUUCUCUUGAUGAGUACGUUGUUAUCAUCACUGAUACAAAUGAUGGCCAAAACUAUGUUAUUUUCAGAUUGCUUUCAACUGGACCCAAGUUGCAAUAAAUCUGGAAUUAUCCAUAAGCAUAGAGAGAGAGGCUGGUAGACUUAGCUCUACGAGCUGUCAGCCAGGAAAAGUCAGAUUCACACUGGUGUGAGAUCGUUUGAGAUAAAAUCAGACAAUGCUGAACAGAAAUUUGAGAAAAUUUAUUAAAAGUGUUGGUAUAAUGAAUUGGAAUGAGAUGCAGAGAUGACACUGCUGAAUGUGUCACUUUUAAUGGACGCUAAUUGACAAUGAGAUGAUUGGAAAUAGUUUAAAUGAGGUCAGACAUGUGCACAUGGGCCUCAAAUCGGUGCUGUGACUCCAUAUGUGGCUCAUGUCAGAACAUAAGUAAUACACAAAAAUGAUGAACAAAAAAGUCACUCAAAAAAAGCUGCUGUGAAAGAGUAGAAUAGUUAACACGAGAGAAGCUUGAUUUAAAUGUAACACUUCCACUAUGUGUUUGUUGUCAUGCUGUUUCAUGUUGCCUAUUGAAACUCACUUCUUAAAAUGUGCAUUUAAAUGUGAAUGAAAACGACUGAGAACAUGCCACAUGUUGUCUGUGCAUGGUCCCUAAGCUAAGCUGUUGUCUCAGUACAAUGUCCAAAAAUGCUACCUAGAUCAUGACCUCUUCGAACACUAUCUCAGGGCUCUUUGUCCUAAUGGUUGUUGUUGACAUUGUUUGACAAGUGCUGCAUUCACACUUUGAGAGGAUGAGGGGACAACGACUGCACCUAUGCUCCAUUAAAAUGAAUGACAACAGAAUGGAAGAUAAGCCAUAAUGCAAGAGGAGGGACUGUUCCAUGCUGUACACGGAACACCAACAAAGUGAUGGUUUGAGAUAAGCGCAUUACUGUGAGAGUGCACUGUGUACUUUUCAUUGAACUUGACUCAAGCAUAUCCACAGACUGUCAAACAAAUGAAGGACAUUCUGGAGCGAGGAUUUGGGUUCACCCCUCGACAACCUUGAAAAUCCAAAUAUGAACAAAGCGUGGAUGGAGCUGAGUUGGGACAAGAGAGUGGCAACCACCACGGCUGACGUGCUUGAUAGGCUGAGACACCUAUCAGUCAAGCAGACAUGCCCCACAACACACUUCUCUAGAAGCCUUAAUACCUCUUUGGUGGAUUCUCACCCCCACCCCGAUGACGCACAGAAGAAGGGAAAUGAGCUCUUCAUAUGGAAAAAACUGUACUCCUGCAACAUUGGGAGUUUUUGAAUGGAAUUCUAUGCAGUUGGAGGUUUUUCACAGCCAGCACUUUGUGGCCGUCAAUGGUACUGAUGGUACCGCAUCUUGGCUGGCACUUCUGCGUCGGCUGCAGCUUUCAGCCAUGGUGGUGGCUGCUUUAGCGGACAAUAUUCUUCCCACAACGCACAGUGCAUUUUCAUACUCACCAAGUACCACUGAGGGAAAUGACACCAUGUGCAUAAAAAAGUGUGUGUCGCUGACUGCAUUACAGUGACAUGAUGUCCACGUUCUCUUUUUCACGUACACUCUCCAACUUCACGUUAACAUAGUCACUGUCCGUGUAUGCGCACUAUCUGUCUGAUCCCACACAUCACUAAGUGAAGUUCUGAGCAAGUGUGAAUGCAGCAAAAGUAAGGACUACAUGUGUUUUAAAAACGCUUCUAAGAACUACAAAAAUGUCAAAGCUUAAAAAGAAAACCAAGACAUGGAACAAAAAAGGCAUGCUAUAUUGCAAAACUAUAUUAUGAUGUAUAUGGUGUUGAUUGUAUACCACCACAUGCUUCACAGGAUGAUGCUUACCAUGGCAUUUUGUUUUGUUUUGUUUUUUUUAACUGCCUGUGCUAAGACACACAAGCAGCUUGUGCUCUGUACUUGGACGUUGCUCAAAGUAUCUCAUGCAACCAUUACAUUAAAUGUAGUGAUUGCCUUUUGGAAAUAAAGAUCACUGAAUGAA